AUGCCUCUCUGCAUCUCCACUGUAGCCCUCGUGAGGUUGAGGAAGUUGCAUAUUGUUCACUACAACUCAGGAAAAUAUUCUUCAUUAAGAGAAGCCAAAGACAAACCUGAUGGACUUGCAGUGCUUGCAUUUCUGUACAUGGAUGGAAGCUUUGAAAACACAUACUACAGUGACUUUAUAUCACAUCUAUCAAAAAUCAGGUUCACAGGCCAGACUACCAAGAUCAAGUUGAUAAAUAUCAGAGCAAUGUUGCCAGAAAAUCUUACACGUUUUUACAGAUAUCAUGGGUCAUUAACUACGCCACCCUGCUUUGAGAGUGUAAUCUGGACAAUCUUUGAUUCGCCCAUAAUGCUGUCACAUAAUCAGAUAAAACUAAUGGAAAGCACCCUGCUGGACGAUGAGAAUAAAACCCUAAGAAAUGACUACAGGCACGCUCAGCCACUGAAUGACAGAGUUGUGCAGGCGUCGUUUCCAUCAAGCUAUGAAAAAGGGUUUUGUCAGCAGGAAGAAAUAGAUAAGAGGUUGGACAGAAUAGAGUCUAUGGUACAGGAACUGAAAGGCCUGUCUUUGAUCAGUAUGAGAGGUCCAAAACUAACUUCAUUUCCUGGAUUUCGAUUUCCUGAAGAACAUCUAUCAAGUUUUGUCAAAAUCACACCUCUUCAAAAAAUGCAGCUUAACUCAUUUACUGCAAGUAUGUGGAUUCAAACCCAGACCCAAGGAAAAAAGACUGUCCUUUCCUAUGCUACUGAGGAUAAUGCUCAUGAGAUGGCCAUUAAUGUUGGCUCAGAUGUGGGACUAUGGAUUGGAGAACAGUUUGUAAGAUUCCCUCUAAGUCACAGCUCUGAAGAAUGGGUUCAUUACUGUGUAACAUGGACAUCCAGCUCAGGAAUGGCUAAUUUAUGGAUAAAUGGUGUGGUAGGAAAGGGGAAACUUAUUAAAAAAGGCUAUGCAAUUAAACAAGGUGGCAACCUGAUUCUUGGAAAAACCAAGCAUCUUCUGAAUGGGAGUUUUUCAUCGGGUUUCAUUGGUGCCAUCAGCAGUGUUAAUAUCUGGGACCGUAUCCUGAGAUUUUCAGAGAUCAAAAUGCUAGCACAUUGCAGGGACAACAGCAUGGCAGGCAAUGUUGUAGGUUGGGGGGCAUCACCCGUGGCAUUAUAUGGAGGUGUGAUGCUUGUAAAUGACAGUGCUUGUCUUUGAAAUGCCAUUAUUCUGGUUCUGCUGAUUGUGGGUCAGUGAUGACGCAAGAAAGAAUGAUGUUUUAAAUGCUAUUGUCUAUAGUUUUAGUAGUUGAAAUGAAAAGGCUUGUUACAUUUUUGUAUAUUUAAUAACAAAUUUGUUAAACAAGAUUCAUAUACACUCUGAAAUGUGUUGCUAAAUUCAAUAGAUUUUUACCCUGAUGUGUACUUGUAAUAGUCACUGCGUAACUCACUGUACUUUAUCCAUGCCUUUCUCUUUUGUUUCAUGAAUCAUUUUACAAUGUUAUACUUUGUAGUUUUCCACUUGUGGCUUUCAGUUAUAAUAUAGGGUGCAAUAACCAAU